AGCCGUUAAAGAGGAAGCCUUCCGGCGGCCAGGGUGGGCAGAGGGCCAUCGUCUGUCCUGGGAAAGGGGAAUGCAAGGAGGCCAAGAGGGCGGCCUUUUCCUGGGAGAGCGUGGAAGGAAGGCGGCGGCUGCCACGCCUCGGAGGAAGAGGACAAGAGGACAAGACAGGGUGCGGACAGCCCCUCUGGGGGCUUCUGGGGGCGGAUCCCCCGGGUCUGGGGACGGUUGUCUCCCGGGGUCUGGGGGUAACCCCUCUGGGUGUCUGGGGACGGUCCUCUCUCUGGCCAGCCUCAGCGUGGAGACGGGCAGGACCGGCCAGCGGCGGCCCCGCCCCGAGAUACUUUUAGUUUGGGGAUCUCCAGGGGAGACUUUAAAAAUAGCCUGGCUGACGUGUGAAGAGCUGCUUUGUAAGGCAAGUGAUGAGUGCAAGCUUGAGUGAGGACUGAGCCAAGAGGAAAAAGGGGCUGUGGUCGCCUGCGGGGAUGAGCGUCAAGGCCGCCGCCCGAAGUGGGGCAAAGGUCGCGAGUGGGACCCUCCGCCUGCAGCGGCCCAGACGCUCUGGUUCUUGUACCGGGAGCUCCGCGAAGGCAUUUUCAUUUUCAAGAUAGUAGGGAACACAGAAUUUUUCAUAAAAGGAUUUUUUUCCCCCUUGAAGACCGUACACUUUAACCAGGGUUGUCUUGGCCUUCCCUCUCUUCAUAAACUCAAAACAGUGAUCUCUUUUAUAUACUCACCUGUUACCUGGUGUCAAGUGAGGCCGCCUCAGCUCAUCAGCAUUUGGGUUAAGUUUGCAGCUGAUUAUUAGAUAACAGAUAACUGAUUUUUGGACACCUGAGUUCAGUCCUGAGCUGUGCCAUGCCCUGCGUGUUGAGUUUCUGGGCCUCAGAUUUAUCACCUCUCUGGGAAGAGGAAACUACCACCUUGGGUGUAAUACAGGACACCAAAUUGCGUUAAAUCAUGAAAUCUGUCUACGACUUUCCUAAGACUUCAGAGGAGAAAGAGACCCAUGCAAAAAAGAAUCAGGGGAACAUUCCAAGAAGAGGCCCAUCUUCAAGUUUAGAUGAGAUUUCAGUACAUGGCUACGCGCCGGACACCUGCUGCGCCUUACACAGGAUUCCACGGUCCCCUCCUGGUGAAUUCUUGAUGGAUUUCACUCCUGAUUGCUGACGACUCCUGGGCAGGAGAGAUGGCCCUGAUCAGGCUGGGGUUUGGAAGGCAGCAUCUUCGUCCGACAAAAAGGAGGAGUUUCUUGCUGUUGAAACUCAUAGCUGCUGUCUUUGCCGUGCUUCUAUUUUGUGAAUUUUUAAUCUAUUACUUAGUGAUCUUUCGCUGCGAUUGGCCUGAGGUGAAAACUGCAGCCCAGAACAGUGGACAACAGACUCUGAAAGCCAUGUUUUUGGCCGAUACCCACUUGCUUGGGGAAAUACGAGGCCAUUGGCUAGACAAAUUACGAAGGGAGUGGCAAAUGGAGAGAGCCUUCCAGACAGCUCUGUGGUUGUUGCAGCCGGAAGUCGUCUUCAUCCUAGGGGACAUCUUUGAUGAAGGGAAGUGGAGCUCCCCCCAGGCCUGGGCGGAUGAUGUGGAGCGGUUUCAGAAAAUAUUCAGACACCCACAUCACGUGCUGCUGAAGGUAGUUGUUGGCAACCAUGACAUUGGCUUCCACUAUCGGAUGAGCACAUACAAAAUAAAACGAUUUGAGAAAGUCUUCAACCCUGAAAGGCUGUUUUCUUGGAAAGGAAUUAAUUUUGUGAUGGUCAACAGCAUCGCCCUGGAAGGGGACGGCUGCAACAUUUGCUCUAAAGCAGAAGCUGAACUCAUCGAAGUUUCUCGCAAACUGAACUGCUCCCGAGAGCAGGAACAUCACUCUGGCCCGUGUGGAGGCGAGCAGCCGCUGCCCGCGUCAGCCCCGGUCCUUCUGCAGCAUUUCCCCCUUUACCGGAGAAGUGAUGCCAAUUGUUCUGGGGACGACGCCGCACCACUGGAAGAGCGGGGCCUCCCCUUUAAGGAGAGAUACGACGUGCUUUCCCGGGAGGCCUCACAAAAGCUGCUCUGGUGGCUCCGGCCGCGCCUGGUGCUGAGCGGCCACACGCACAGCGCCUGCGAGGUGCUCCACGGGGCGGGAACCCUGGAGAUCAGCGUGCCGUCCUUCAGUUGGAGGAACAGAAACAACCCCAGUUUCAUCAUGGGCAGCCUGACGGCCACACGGCACGCCCUCGCCAAGUGCUUCCUCCCCCGCGAGAACGCCGUCCUGGCCGCGUACUGCGUCGCAGCUGGGCUCCUCGCGGCCCUCUACUGUAAGCUCCUCGCCUCGCCUUUCCUCUUUGGCUGGAACCUGCUCAGAAAACUUAAGACAACGUAAAGCGCAGGAGACGAUUCUGCCCUUCUUCACAAAUAACAAGGCCAGGGAAACAACUCUGGGUGGCGCCCAUGUGAGAAGGGGUCCGAGUAGGCGGCCUUUCCACCCCUCACAGAACCUGUAAGUCAUGGAUGCGCAUCUGCAGGGUAAAUAGUUGAUUGUACUGUUCUCAUGCUAUAAAAAUGGAACAUGUGCUCUACAACAAGUCUGUUUUCUUGGUUUAUCAAAUAUAUGUGUAACCAAAGUCAUGUCUGUACAGUAUGUAAAAGCUGUUAAAAUCUCACUCGCAUGCACUAUGCUGUCCUUCCUUCCCCAAGAUGGAGGCGGCACCGGGGAUGAUGGGCGCACAAACACCGGGCUUGCUUCUGUCGGCCUGUGGCGUGGGCCUCAGACUCCUGCAUAUUGUAAAGCUGUACACUUAAAACAAAAGUACGGCUGCCAGAAGCAGGAUAUAGUGUUUUCACAGACUUUUGUACUUCUGUGCCCAUACGGGAAUCAGAUUUUUAGCUAAGUGUAAUUUUCUCUCCAGCAGGCCACGCGGUUCAAUCUGAAUAUAAUGCCUAUCCGUGAUCAAAAGAAACUCGACGGAGAGCAGGAAGUGGCUUUUGGUACUUAAAAAUAAAUAUGUCUUGAUCAUUUUAAGCCAGGUUAACUGUGUUCUUCUCUAAGAGUCUGGCUCUGUGUUUGAAGAGGAAGUCGAGUUACUGCUGAGUGAUGAUGCAUGUAACAAUAUGCAGCUUCGCUUUCUGUGCAUGUGGGGGGCGUGGCUCUUCAGUCCACAUUUUACAUGGAAAGUGCAAUGGAAGCACAAUAAUUUCCACUUCACAUGUCUCAUUUCAGAUCAGGGUUUUACGAAACAGGGAAGAGAGGUGCAGGAAUUUAGGGAUGCUGACAUAAAUGAUGUGCUUAUCCUUCUGAUGGUCUACAAAGUUACCCUUUCUUUCAUGGAACAGCAGUAUUUAAGUCUAGAUAUAUUUGUAAAGGAUUACAAAAUGCUGAUUCAGAGUAAACCUUAAAAUACUACAGACUGAAGGAAAUGAAGCCGUGUCAGUGAGGCUGUUACCUCUGGAUCUGUAGUGUUGAACCAGAGCUUUGGACAUCGUUGCCGAUUAUCUCGCACCGAAGACAACGGACUACCCUCAAAGCCGUGGCUGCCGAUAGAACACGAAGCGUCACCGCUACAGUGAUUCUCAACUUCCAGAGACUGAGCUGUAACUUUGGAGGCUGCGCUUACAGAUCUUUCAAGAGUGAGAAAUAGCCAUGUAUUUUGACUGUGUAUUCCAAAUAAGGGUGUGUCGUGUUUCUUCCUGAGAGCAGGCAAAUGGAGGUGCCAUCCUUUGACUCUCUCAGGCUGGACGCGAACAUUGACACCCCUUUGUCUUCCUGCUCUUUGUUUACCCUGGAAGCUGUGAGCUGUGGCCCAAGGAAGUGGUUCAGAAACUUUCACUAGAGGGAAUGGUUGACCUGUUUCCACUCAGGGACCUUGUAAAAAGUCUUCAAAUAGGAAAAUAAUCAAAAGACAUAUUGUCUGGAGAAAAAAAAAUCCUUGGUUCCUGAAAACCUUGUGAUGUUGGUACAAAAUUAUUUGUAAAAUAUGAAUGAUUAAUGUGGAUAAUUUA